AUGUCUGGAGCGGACUUGCAGCGUAUGGAGUCGUACCAGUACCCGGCGACCCAUGUCGGACACUUGAGUGCUGGACAAGAAAAGGCACUACUAGCUUUCAAGGAGCUAUGUCAGGAAAAGGGAUACUAUAACCCCACCGGCGGUCCCAAUGGCCUCCCCAGUCAUGAUGACGAGACAAUGCUACGGUACUUGCGUGCUCGCAAGUUUGUGCCCGGUGAAGCAUUUGGUCAAUUCAAGGACACUGAGGACUGGCGCAAGGAGAACCAGCUGGAGAAGCUCUACGACACCAUCGAUAUCAGCGAAUACGAGCAGACCCGCGUCUUGUACCCCCAAUGGACUGGUCGACAAGAUCGCCGCGGUAUCCCGGUAUACAUCUUCGAAGUCGCCCACUUGAACAGCAAGGCUGUCUCGGCUUAUGAAGCCUCAACUUCGUCCAAGAACCAAUCCGUGCAGUCUAAGAUACCCGCCAAGAUGCUCCGUCUCUUCGCUCUCUACGAGAACCUCACCAACUUUGUUCUUCCUUUGUGCUCCGAGAUGCCCAAUCGCCCUUACCCAGAGACACCCGUGUCACAGUCAAGCAACAUUGUCGACAUCUCUAACGUCGGAUUGAGACAAUUCUGGAAUCUGAAGAACCACAUGCAAGAUGCCAGUCAGCUGGCCACGGCACAUUAUCCCGAAACUCUGGACAGAAUCUUCAUCAUUGGUGCUCCAUCAUUCUUCCCUACUGUCUGGAGCUGGGUCAAGAAGUGGUUCGACCCUAUCACUGUGUCCAAGAUCUUCAUUCUUUCCAAGCAAGAAAUGUACCCGACGCUUUCGAAAUACAUCGAGCCCGAGAAUAUCCCCGAGCAAUACGGCGGAAAGCUGAAGUACAAGUUUGGUGAUCUGCCCAACAUUGAUCCGGAUCUUCACAACGUUCUCCAAUGGACUGCUCCACACAAGCUGAACGGCAUGGACACCAUCCCUACUGGUCCCAUUAGGUGGGUGACUGAGGCGAACGGUGACAGAGUUGCCUUGGCCGUAGGUUCAGAGAGCGGCAAGCGUCGCGAGCAGAAGGUUGCCAUUGUCAAGUCAUCACAACAUUCCGCUCCUGCUGCCAAACAGGACGCUUCCUUGUACAGAACCACCAGCGGCGUGGACACCCACCCGCCCAGCCCACCCCCAGGACAGAGCGAGGCCAUGCCUCCACCAACCUACACCGACGCCCCUACCGGCAACCACACAGCCCUUCCCGUGCGUGAGCAGCACCAAGUCUCGUCAACCAUGACCUCCGCAAACCAACCCAGCACCGAUAGAACGGGCACAUCAGGUACGAGCUACAUUGCCCAAUCCCACACGCACGCCGACGGCACCCUCGCAGACGGCACGCCCGAUAAGCGCGAAGGCACUUUUGGCGACACGUACGGAGUGAACGAGCCUAACACUAUUGGGCAGGCGCCUAAAGAACAUCCCAUGCCGGAGCCAGAGCUGCCUCAGCCCACGUAUGUGGAUCAGGCUAAGCAGGUUGCAGGGCAGGCUUAUGAUACUGCUGCUGGCGUUGGAGCGAGUGCGCUGGCUGCUGUGGGAUAUGGAACGCAACAGGAGAAUAAGGAGCAGUUGCAGGAACAGCCCCCGAAGAAGCCGGAGGAUCCAAGAGUGGAUGCUGUUGGCGAUAGGAAUGUCGAGGAGUUCCUUCGCAGCAAGUACGAGAGUCCGGCUGCCAAGAAGGCCGUGGACUGA